CCUCUAUCUUCCAUCUAUCGUUCCAUGCUCCCUCUCUUCAACGGCGCCGAUUCUUCUAGACGAAGACAAAUCAACUUGGGCGGCACUUCUACAACUAAUACAGCUCAAUCAACAUUAGAAUCUGCGAAAGCCCGUCGACAUGAACGUAUAGAGCACAGACGGCGGGUCGACGCUGCUGUGCGAGUGCAAGGGUGGUGGCGAGGAGAGUUGGAAAGGAGAAGAAUUAGGGAGAGAAUUUUUAGAGAGAUUGACGAAAGGCUUUCGGCGGAUUUACUCGAGGUUGGUAUCGUCAGGCGGGUAUGUUUUGUUGGAAGACAGAAUGUGGAUGAGAAACAUAGAGCAGUGUUGGGAAAAUGGAGCCGAGGAAUCGUUGGACGAUAUUUGGAACGCUUAUCGACCGUUCCUUCCCUCAACCUUAAAAUUAUCGCAACAAUCCUGCUCUCUUUGGUCUCGAAGGACGUCCUUUCGCCAUUCACCCCAUACCACAUAUCCUUCUUAACCGCGUUAACAUCUAUCUCGAAAUUGCCACCGAGCCCCGAUUUCUACUCGUUACUCUCAGACUCUCUUCGAGAAAUCACCAAAUCGUCACCUGCACUACCAAACCUGAUAACACUUCUUUUCUCACCUCCAACGUCAGACGAAAACAUCCGUUUACUCCUCAUCCACAUCCUCACCAUCCCUCUUCUACCGAAUAGACUACCCCUUCAAACCUUGACGACCUUUUCAGCGUCACUUCCUUUAACUCAGUUAUCCCCCCGUAUAGUCAAAACCAUCGUUUCAUCAUUAAAGCUAGACGAUCGCGUCCAUCUAUUGUCCAACCUCCUGGUCUUCACACCCCCACGAUACACGAAAUUACCAAAACAAGCUCUAGCUGGCUACCUGAAGCUGGUAGCCGACAUCCUCGAUGGCCUACCGAUCAAUAUAUUCGAUCCAGAAGCAGCCAAAACACCAGAGUCGGAAGGCGAAGACAUGACGAUGAACGGCAUCCGAGUUACCGUUGUCGAUUCCUUCGACUCACCCCCUUCGAUUCCGCCGCCAGUCGACGGGAAAACCUUGAAACGCGUUCAAACGCUCGUUUCUUCCACUCAUAUCAGCUCUUUACUCACCUCGACAUCUACCUCCAAUACCACGUCUCCUGUGCGGUAUCAGAUGCUCCGUGUACUAUCCGCGAUCUUGCGCAUCUGGCCGGGAAAGAGGGAUUCCCUUGUUUCCUUGAUUUGGAAUAACACUGGAACAGGAGGAGGCGGUCAGGUCGGCGGUAUUGUGAAAGAGUUGUGGAGAGGGUGGGUUCGGUCGUCUGGUUUGGGGAGGGAGAUGAUGUCGUCUUCGUCAGAAAGUCUUCAUGGAGGACUCGUACCACUUGCUCAACCUCGUAGUCGACUUUUAGGGGAAUCGGAGGAAGAUCAAGUUCAAGAUCCGUGGCCGGCGUUGUUGUUAUUAUCCGAGAUUUACACGCAGGCAUUGGGUACGAUGGGCGAUGAUGAGUUUUUCGGCAGUGGUGGCGCAGGAGGGUCAGGGAGAGGGAGUACAAGUUAUGCGAAAGCGUCAGCGUCCUCGGUAGCGGCAGGGAUGAAGAACCAGAAUCCGUUGACGCUGGACGACUUGACGCUUCUGUCGAGGAUGGUGUUGAACGUUGUGUGGGUGUUGUAUGCUUAUCCGACGCCUUCUACCCCACCUCCUUCCUAUUCAUCAUCAUCAUCAUCAUCUUGGAAUUCGAUACGCAUGACGCUAACGCGGAUGUUACGUGCAAUACAUGCACGAGAUGCACGCAGAUCUUUCGUUACCCCUUCGCAUUGGAUCAAAUUGGGGGGCGGAGAAGAUGGAUGGAACGGGUUUGUGGAGGCUGCGUUAGCUGAAGAGGAGAGGUUACGUCUGGCCGAGGAAGAUUCAGAGUCUUAUUCCAUGGAUGUGGAUGGUUCCGCCCCUCCCUCAACGACGUAUGGAUCUCGAAGGAAGGCGACGACGGCGAGGAUGCGACAAAACAGACGACAUGAGCAUUUAGCGAAGCAUCAGAGGAUCCUGGAAGAUAUACCGUUCGCAGUACCGUUUGAGUUGAGGGUUAGGGUUUUCAGAGCGUAUGUUGCAUUGGAUGGAGUGGUUAGGAGGGAUACUGCGGGUGGGGUUGGGGUGAGUCGAGUGGCUGGGUCUGCGUCUAUGGUUCAGGCCAUAAACGAUUUCAACCGAUCUGGAAGAUAUCGAAGCCGACGAAGAAACCGGGUUGAAAUCCGACGAACCCAUCUCUCUCAGGAUGGGUUUGAUAAGCUUGGGGCCGAUACUCUGGAUCUUAAAGAUCCGGUUGAAGUUGUUUUUCGGGAUCAGUGGGGGGAGGAAGAGGCAGGUAUAGACGGAGGAGGUCUGUUUAAGGAAUUCUUUACUUCCCUUUCGAAGGAGGUUUUUGACCUUUCGAGGGGGCUUUGGAGUGUUAAUAAAGAAGGGGAGCUGUAUCCGAGGGCUGGUGGGUGGAGUGAACAAGCCCACUCCCUAGCAUGGUACCGCUUCAUAGGGCGAAUUCUGGGUAAAGCCCUCUAUGACGGUAUACUCGUCGAUGUUGUCUUUGCCCAGUUCUUCCUGGCAAAAUGGUUACAUAUUCAGAGUCCUACGUUCUUUGAUGAUUUGAGAAGUUUAGAUGAGGAACUUUGGAACGGGUUAGUGUUUCUGAAGAGGUUGGAAACGGAGGGAGAGAUUGAACAGUUGGGGUUGAGGUUUUGUGUUGAUGUUGAAGAAUUUGGACAGGCGAUAACGAAUGAUCUUAUACCGAAUGGCUCGCAAGUUGCGGUUACUAAGGAUAAUCGGUUGCAGUACAUCUACCUCUUAGCGCAUUUCAAGCUGUCAAAGCAGAUACGCAAACAGAGUGAAGCGUUCUUUGAAGGCGUUGGAGAAGUUAUUGAGGAAAGGUGGAUUCGGAUGUUUACGCCGAAUGAACUAUCGCAUCUUCUCGGGGGCUCCUCCCAACCUGUUGAUCUUGAAGAUUUAAGACAACAUACGAAUUACGGAGGGUUGUAUGAUGAGCGGGAUCCUAUUAUUAAGACGUUCUGGGAGGUUGUCAACGCGUUUACGGAAGAUCAACGUCGUUCGUUGUUACGGUUCGUAACGAGUUGUUCACGGCCACCUUUGCUUGGCUUCAAAGAGUUGUAUCCCCAAUUCGCUAUCCGAGACGCAGGAGAAGAUCAAAACCGGCUGCCUACGGCCAGUACGUGUGUAAACUUGUUGAAGUUACCGAGGUACUCUUCACCUUCCGUACUUCGUGCCAAGUUGUUGCAGGCGAUUAAUUCUGGUGCUGGGUUUGAUUUGUCGUAGAAUCGAGUUUGACUUUCGUCGUGUUGUGUUGCAUUGCUGCCCCCUCACCUUCAUUGGAGCGUGAACGAACAUGUUGAUGUAUAGUAACCAUUACACCCUACCUAGAGUUGCGUCUCGAUUGUUUAGUUGCCUGUUUCCUUUUGGUUAGGAUGUCAUAGAAAAGGGAGAAGGCUCGAUGAUUCCGAGACUCAUUCUGGUUUCAAG